AAACCUAACACUCUUUAGUAUUUGUCAAUGGAAUUGUCAACACUGAAAAAAUGUAUAUCUGUCUCUCUUGCUCCAUGUGUAUCUUUGUGCGUUGUGCGAUCUAUCUAAUAAAUAGUAAUCUCAAGUAAUACGCCCGUAUUUUCAAUCAACUGCCUGUAUUUCAUCAGGUUAUGGGCCCAGGCAUCGCGAUUGUUAAAAGUUAUAGUAUAUUUUCGCGUAUUUUCAGCAUAAAUACGGUUAAAAGUUUUAACCUAAUACCGGCGGACGACCGGCAAACAUGACGUCGUCUUCAACAAAUUUUUCAGGUGUCUCUAUAGACAAAUUGAAAGGCAUCGAGAACUACAGCACUUGGAAAUUUAUGAUGCGGAUGGCACUCAUCCACGAGGACUUAUGGGACUGCGUGAAGUCUGACACGGGUACGGCCGACAAGAAGCUGAAGGCGCUGGCGAAAAUCUCGUUAGCGGUGUCGCCUGCGGCCAUUCCUCACAUAAGAACCGCGGAGACGGGGCACCAAGCAUGGUCCAAUCUGCAGAAAGCCUAUGAGGACAAGGGCUUAUGUCGCAGGCUCGGACUGCUUAGAACUUUAUUCAAAACCAAGUUGAGUGAGAGCACGAGCAUGGAAGAUUACCUAAAUAAAAUUAUGGAAAUCGCAGAGCAAUUGAGCGAGAUAGAAUCAAAACUAGAUGAUGACUUUGUUGCCGUAAUAAUGCUGAGUGGGUUGACUCCAGAUUACGACCCGCUUAUCAUGGCCAUGGAAAAUAGCAACCUGAAGCUAACCAGUGAAAUUGUUAAAGGGAAGCUGCUACAGGAAUAUUUUCGGAGAGAUGAGUCGUCGUCUGAAGGUGCCACAGCCUUGGUUGCUAGGAAACAACCGAAGUGUUUCAGGUGCAGAAAAGUGGGGCACUUCAUUAAGGAUUGUCCGAAGUCUGCGAAUAAGAAUUCAAAGUCGGACUCAACCAAAGCUCUACUUGCUCUGUCAGCGAGCACCAAGAGCAAUCAGUGGCAGUGGUACAUUGAUAGUGGUGCUACGGGGCACAUGUGCGGCAACAAAAGUGCAAUGUAUGACUUAAUAAGUGAAAAGUCGAUAAAAAUACAUUUGGCUGAUGGAAACAUGUUGCAUACAGCUGGAAGAGGCUCAGUUAAAGUUUUAUUGAAGGACAAUAAUGUAAAGACAAUAAGUAAUGUGUAUUAUGUCCCAAACUUAACGGUCAACUUGUUAUCAGUAAGCGCUAUGGUGCAGAAAGGAUUUGAGGUUGUGUUUAGUUCUGGCAUGUGUAAAAUAAGUGACAAUGGGGUUGUUGUUGCUACUGGCACUCUUUGUAAUGGUGCAUAUCAGCUGGAUACUGAGCGUUAAAGGAUACACGCCUGAAGAAAAAUGGACUGGAAAAAGGGUAAGCGUUUCAUACUUACGCAUAUUCGGCUGUGUGGCCUAUGCACAGAAACACUUGAAGAA